AUGAGAUACAAUCCGGUAGCAAAACACGUACCAGGUAAGGCCAUGGUCAUCGCAGAAACACUGUCCAGAAGCCCAAUGAGUGUUAGCGAAUCUACCACAAAUGAAGCUGUAGCACUCUAUGUUGAAUCGAUAACAACCACCUGGCCUGCAUCAGCAUCAAAUCUAGAGCAGAUAAGACGAGCAACCAAACAUGAAUGCCAAACACUUCUGAAAUACAUAUUAGAUGGAUGGCCAAGACAGGUGCAGGACAUUUCACAAAACCUAAGAAGUUUAUAUGAUCUAAGGGGUCAUUUCUCUGCUGAUGAUGGACUGAUCACAUUCGAUGAUAGGAUAUACAUCCCAUCUGAACCAAGAGGAGAAAUCAUGCAGCGUAUCCACGAUGGACACCAAGGUGUUACAAAAUGCCGGAAGCGUGCCAAGGAAAGUGUGUGGUGGUUAGGUAUUAGCAAGGACAUAUCUAACAUUGUAAAGAAAUGUGGACAUUGCCAGCUAUACAGGAGAACGCAAAAGAAAGAACCUCUAAUUACCACUCCGAUUCCAGAACGUCCAUGGCAACGUAUAUCGAUGGAAAUUUGUGAUUUCCAGAACAAUCAUUAUCUUAUAGUAUCUGACUACUUUUCAAGGUACAUUGAAAUGAUCAAUCUACGAAAAGACAUGACAAGCCAGAAGGUCAUCACGGCAGUGAAAGGAAUAUAUGCCCGUUGGAGAAUCCCAGAGACUGUGGUUUCAGACAACGGACCACAGUUCGCAUUCCGUCAAUUCAGAUUGUUUGCCGCAGAGUAUGGAUUUCAACAUGUAACGACAAGUCCACUCUAUCCUCAAGGAAACGGUGAAGCAGAGCGUGCUGUCCAAACAGCAAAAACUAUGUUACGCCAAAAUAAUCCUGUACUAGCACUGAUGAUAUAUAGGUCAACACCAAUCGAAGCAACAGGUUACAGCCCAGCACAAAUGAUAACCAAGAACAACAUUGCCGACACUUGCAAAGAAAUUGCAACCAAAAUGGCCGGAUAUGCAUAA